AGAGUAUAAAUAGAAAGUAAUUAAAGGAUAAUUUUGAGUUGAACAAAAGAAGAUUAUUGUGAAAUAUAAUAAAUAGGAAAAUACACAAUAGAACUUGACACAGUCUUGGUUCAGAUAAUUAACAAAGUACGCAAAUAAAAAUGAAAACACAAUUAUCUGAAUUAUUCAUUAUAAUGGUGUUAACUAUUUUGAUCUUAUCAUUGGUUAACGUAUAUAGUUUAUCUGAAGAACAAAAUCCUCAUAAACAGUUCUAUGAUCCACUUUAUGAAUACAGUGACUACAUCAAUCGGGAGAUAAUUCCAAACAAACGUUAUAUUAGAUUUGGAAAACGAGCUGAUGAUGUUAUGAAUUACGGUGGUAUUCCAGCAUUAACACGGCAUAAAACCUACUCUAUAUAUGAUCUCUUAAAAGAAAGACAAUAGAAUUCUUAAUUAAUGCGUUUUUGUUUCUUUUUUCUAUUAAAAGAAUAAAAGAGUUUUAUUAAGAAGGCAAGACAAAAUCUGUGUCAAUAUUUCACUUUCUGAACUAAUUGUGACUUAUACUUUCCUAAUAAAAAAAAUACUACUAAACAUCAUAUACAUGA